AAGUGGUUCACAUUACACGCGCAAUGUUACGUUUUUGUUGCAUAUGCUGCUUGGUUUUCGAACAUUGAGACGCGGUUAAAUGUCUAAAGCAGCGACGAGUGGUUUAGAGCGAGGAAAGGAAACGGGCGUGUGUGCACGUGACGGGGUCGUUGUAGAAAAGACUUCCACGUGGACUUUACGAGCAAUUUGCAGAGAGAAAAAAAGAACUACUCCAAAAUGGAGCUUGACGACAGGGCGGCGGUGGGCAGCGACGGGGUGCUCGACUUCUCGCGCUCGAACUUGAACACUCUCGUCUUGAACGGCGUCAGCGACGAGAAGAAAAGGGACACCAAGCAGCUGUAUUUGAACAGCAAUCGGCUAUGCACGCUGCCAUCGUCGGUAACCCACUUUUCCAACCUUCAGUUGCUGGACAUCAGCAACAACCGAUUGUCGGCCAUCGGCGAGGACAUCACACGGCUAGCUCAGCUCAGGACGCUCUAUGCUAAAAACAACUGUCUGAACGAGUUCUCGCUGCCCAAGGGAUUCGGAUCCAUGCAGCUGGAGGUGGUGAACUUUAGCGGGAACCGCUUCGAGGAGAUCCCGCUGCAGUUCACCAAACUCCGGCGUCUUCAGUCGCUGUCACUCGGCGGAAACAGACUGAGAAGUAUACCUGCCGAGAUUGAAAACCUAACCAGUCUGGAGUUGCUGUACCUGGGUGGAAACUUCAUCUCAGCCAUUCCUGUUGAGGUUGCCAACCUGCCCUACCUGAGCUACCUGGUGCUUUGUGACAACCGCAUCCAAAGCGUCCCCCCGCAGCUCACCAGACUCCACUCGCUGCGCUCGCUGAGUCUCCACAACAACCUGCUGACGUACCUGCCGCGAGAGAUCCUGAGCCUGGUGCACCUGCAGGAGCUCAGCUUGCGCGGGAACCCGCUGGUGGUGCGCUUUGUCAAGGAGUUGAUGUACGACCCGCCCUCGCUGCUGGAGCUAGCCGGCCGCUCCAUCAAGAGCAGGAAUGUCCCCUACUCUACGCUGGACUUGCCCUCCCACCUGCUCAAGUAUUUGGACCUGGCCAGCAAGUGCCCCAACCCGAAAUGUGCCGGCGUCUACUUUGACUCGUGCGUGCGCCACAUCAAGUUUGUGGACUUCUGCGGGAAGUACCGGCUGCCGCUCAUGCACUACCUGUGCUCGCCCGAGUGCACCAGGUCACCCUGCAGCUCCAACCCGCAGAGCGAUGCUGAGUCUGAGGACGAGAACAGCAUUCCCGCCGACCGCCUCCAGAGAGUGCUGCUGGGCUAGGACCUUGGAAGCUCCAUCGGGAAACACUAAUUGUACAGUUUUACGCACAAUUUCUACAUUGACACAUCUAGUUUGGCUUUAACAUAGUCAUAUAAUGUGUUUUCAUAAAACAGUCUCCUGGUUUCUUGAUUACCAGUUUGUGACAGGCCUCUGACUAAAUAAACCAAGGAUCAAGAAUUACAGCACAGCUUGCCCAGACCAUUACCAUCAUGCAAGUUGCACAUACAAAUAAGAAAUAGAACAAAAAAAAAAAAGCUACUUAAACCAGCUAAAGUGGGGGUGAAAGGUGUUGACACUUUGUUGAUUUUAGUAAAAAUUGAACUGAAUUGGAUUCACACGACUGCGGCCAGACUGCAAAUGAAUGGGCCUUUUUUUUCUUUUUUUUUUUUUUACACUACAAAUGAAUGGUACUUGUUGAAAGCCACCACUGCCAGAAAAACAUUUGGAACAAAUUUGCAAUUUUGUUCACUUCAACACUUGUAAAUGAUGUGCUGAUUAUUUGACAUAGCCAAGUUCAAUGCUCAAUGUAUCACAAGAUCACUGCAAUAGAUUUGUAAGACAUAAUGUAAGCACAUUGUUUAUGUUUAGAUAUGCUAACAAGGAUGCAAUCAAAAUGUUUCGAAAUCAGAAUUUGUUCUUUGAGAUUUAUGAUGUAUCUCCUUUUGAACAGUUGCCUUGAUUUAACGCAGAUUAGACGAGAGAAUGUUACAGUGGCACCCAGAUGACAAAAUUAAUCGCUUCUUACUGAUCUCUUUUCAAUACUUUGUUGUUUGUGUUUCAUGCAAUGUAAUAUAAUCCCCCUGAAAUGUGACAAGAUUACUAGGAUUUUUUGUGAAUUUUUUUUAUUAUAACAAAAAUUGUAACUGUAUAACUGCUUUUCUACCAAUCAUUUUACAAUAAUAAAAAUGAACUACAUAUUUAAAUAACCUGCGAUGUAGCUUGCACUUAGAAGAUGUUUCAUGUGUAAAUGAAUAUAAGAACGAUAAAAGACAUGCAUUGUGA